CUAACGGUAGUUGAAGUGAACUUCGGCCGACACUUUGUCGAUAAUGUCUACAAGCUUAGGCACUUGUAUCAUGAGGUUGCUGCCGGCGAAGCUCGGCCUUUUUCUAGUACUUAUAAUUGUAACGAGAUUGUAGUACUAUCAUCUAUGCACGCAUGCGACAGUACUUGCCUGAAUUCCCACGGGGUUGAAAAAUGGGCUGAGAGUGACCUUGUGGUACAAGGUAACUACGUGAGGCCCAAGUCGGACCCAGCCUACUACAGGCUGGCCUGACCCAGUGCGCGAUAUAGCUUCCUUGUUGUCGCCAUUCCACUAUUCCGAGUCUCCGACAGGCCAAGUAGAUUGUAAAGACCGCUGGUCACGACGCAGGAUCAAUGAACAUGAAAACCUCCUGUGAUGAACCUGGUAGGCAGGACCUACUGCUCCCAGUGCUGUUCGCCCAGUACAAGAAAAGGGACCACCCCACCAUUUCGACAGCCAUGAUCCAGACCAGGAUUUCCCUGGUUUCGGCGGCUACCAUCCUUUCCGAGCUCGGCAUCACAAAUCAGCCUGUCUUUGGACUUGUUGUUGAUGGCACACUUGACAUAGUUAUGAUGGCGAGGAAGGCAAACGAUCAAAUCCACGCCAUGGACCAUAAUGUCCGACUGUAUGAUAUCAGAGACCCUCUUCAAGCACUGGAGUUUGUGUCUAUUCUGCCGCGCGUCAUGGCCUGGGCCUCUGCCGUUUGUUAGAGGAGCGGCUUGCCAUUAUAGAUGUGAACCAAGUUCAAUCAAAGCCGUGGUCCAAGUUGUCCCGAUGACAGGAAGACGAAAUAUUGGCGACCGCUAAACAGAAUUAGCGCAAGGGGAUACCAAUGUUUCCGUUCGCACAUAUAAUACUACUAUCACUUAGCUGGUCCAAGCACUGUUUAUCAGCGCUCCAUCGCACUCAUAUUCGUGUCUCAUACAGGAUUUAGAAACUUGCUCGGUCCUCGCUCGAGCUCAAGAUCCAAUAGUUGUUUAUCUGGUCUUCAAAGUCUGAUUCGAACCCUUUCUCAAAGCCUAGUCAAUUUUCAAAUGAUGACCGCCGUUGUCGCGAGCAGCCUG